AUGUCAGUUGCGCAUGGUCGACCGAGAGCCAUCAACUUCGAAGAUGUGAAUGUGGCUCCGCUGUGUGCAGCCGAUUUUGAGGACUGUUUGGCCGGUGAUGCCGAGUCAUUCAUACACUAUGCGGAUAUUUGCUUCAUUCUGGGAGAUAUUACAGAAUCGUGUUCGCGGAAUUCAUUAACCAAAGCUAAAAAGGAAUACUAUCAGAGCCAAAUAUUUCGCUGGCCAAGGGUCUUACCCACACAUCUUCGAAUCUCUCAUCUCAGCGCCAAUAAUGCAGACGAAUACUCCCUCUGCGGAUACGACCUCAACACGCGCCAACUACACAUCCCAUAUUUCAUCAGCCUAGCCAUCCUCGGCCGUCCAAGCACAAGAAACACGAUAUCCGCGCAGGGUAUUCUGGCAGCGUCUUUCGUUGCGGGUAUUUUCCAGGAACUUCUCGUCCGCGACGAUAUUGGACACCUCGCUCCAAUUUUCACACGCUAUUGCGUCGCGUCAAGCUUCUUCCUCGUGUCGCUAAGAUCAAUCCCUGAACUAUGGGAUGCGUGCCAGCCCGAUCUGGAAGUCCUCCGCUUAUGCCUGAAGGAACUCAGCAAGCGCUGGAAAUCAGCAAUCGGUGGGUCGAAAGCCUUGGAGUCGAUACUCAAUACGCAACGACAUAAUGCGACCCCGAUGAAUAAACGGUUGUUGCCGCUCACUCGGGAGCAGCAUUUCUUCUUUGAUGGGUUUCCGCUCGAGCUUUGUCACAUGUGGACGCCUUGCACAACAUUCUACCAGGGAGCGGCAGCGAACGCGGGUCACUUUACGCAGUAUGCACAGGAUCACAGUCUAAUCGACGCGGCUCAAGGUCGCGGUAUUGAGCCUAUUGUCUCUACAGCGCCGUUUACAUCUGUUGAUGAGCAGGAAAUAGAGGUUCUGCCGUUGGCGGAUUUCUUGGUUGAUGGUUUGGAUAAUUGGCUUAGCGAGGAGGCAUCGGCUGUCUAG